AGUCCAUUAUGACAUUAAGAGUGCGCGUUCAGAAAGGGCCUCUAGCGCUCAGUGCAGUCUGAAAACAUAGCCAAAGCGUUUAAAUCGAAGUUUUUACCCAGCUUUUUAUUCAUCUGUGCCAUGUGAAAUGCACCGCAAAAAAAAAGUCACUGAUGGAAACAUGUUGCCCAUUUUUUCAGAUUACCCUCAAUGUUUUCAUUUUAUUGAAUGUACACACUAAAUGUCAUGGGACAUUUUUUGUCCCACAAGUUAUGCAGUUUUCAGCUCAUCCGACGGUGAUACAAUUUUGUUCCCGCCUAGUGACACAUAUUGUUCGACGCCUUGAGCAAAUUGAACUUUCAUAAGGCAAUUUGUCUCACCUGGCGGACGCUAAAUUAUAUCACCAUCGGAUGAUCUUAAAAUUGCAUUAUCCAUGGGACAAAGAAGUUCCAUGACAUUUAGUGCGUAUUUGAACUGUUCAAGUAAAUGCUGCUUUCAAAACUUUGCAUAUGGAUGGAAAAGAGGCAGUGCAAAUUAUUUCAGUUUGAAGGCUGUAUCGAAAUGGCGAGAGAACGUUCGAGAGGUGGCAAAGUGAUUAGAUUAGAUAGUUGCGGCUGAUUCACAUCCAACUUGCUUGUCUGCCGUCAGUCAGUCAACAAAUCACAGGUGCGAGUGGUAGGGUUGAGCUCGUUGGUUCUCGCUGCUUUUUAACAGGUUGAGCACCACGCAACCGACCGGAGUUUGGCUCUGAACCGAGCAUGGCGGACCGGCAAACUCUCCCUACGGUAGCAAACGAGAGCGGAACCAAGGGCACCACCUUGGGCGUCCACGUAAAAGUGAACGCUGACAAAACGCAUGAUGAAAACCCCGUUCAGUUUGAAGUGAGGCCAGGUGGUGGAAUCAUACCACCAUUAAAAGGAAAUCUUUAUCAAAUUCAAAUCGCGGCCCUACUUGCUCUGCGUGGACUGCAGCAUGGUUACAAGUUUUCUAUUACGUCAGAAGAACGGGGUUACGGCACACUUGACGACGUGACGUUCAAAUUUGAAGAUAAGUUGUUCCACAUGCAAGCUAAACAUUCUGUGACAAACGACAAAAUAAAAGCAGACGAAUUUUACAAGCCAAAAGGAGAUUUUUCUUUGCAAGAGCACUUCUGUUCGUUUUUAGGAUGUAAAUGGCUAGCUGAAAAAAAUAAGCAGCAAGUAACAAAUUUUCUGAUCUUCACAAACAAGGGCAUUGUCCCCGCUUUGAAAGAUUCCGUGUGUGAUGUCAAUGACCCUAAAAUUGCCGUAGAAGAAUGUGAACUGCCCGACUUUCUGAAGACUUUACUCGGUGGCACAAAGACUGCAGAUGAUCAAAAAUUUUACAAACUGUCAACUAAAGUGAUGAACCAUCUGUCAGAUCAUCUGAGCGUCGCAUUUAGUGAAGAUCCAAAGAACCAGAAGAAUAUUGAGAAGGGUGCCAAAGAGUUCUAUAAAGGAUUAUCCAGUGAUGAACACGCUCAGUUGAAAGAAGAAUAUUUGAGAAUGCUGAUAUUGGCAAUUGACCAGCCCAAUCAAGAUGCACUCAAACCGUUGAUCAAAGAAACGUUGAGGAAAGUCAAGCUGCAAAUUGUUGGAAUUGAAGAACUGAAAGUCCCAGAUGUCCAUGUGGACACACUUUACGACUGUUUCAAUAGAUUUGUGAUGGACUGGGCUACAGAUUAUAGCCCAAAACGUACAAAACGAGGGCCAUUGACGAAUGAGAACGUUUUGAAGGAUUGCUUUGGUAGCUACUUUCAAAAUUAUAUUAUGAAUCGGCGCUCACUGACUACUAGUUCUAUUAGUUUCUGCAAUGAAACACCUGCUUUCAACACCCUCGAGUCUUUGACCCACCGUCUAAAUGUCCUAGUCACCACUCAGCCAAGAACGUGCGCUUUUCUCACAGAACUCUUUCUACGCACAAUUGGGAAAAAUGUCGCGGCAUAUCCUUGUGCAGUGUGUCACGAUGCUGGAAUGGAGUUGUUGUGGGGUUAUUGUCGGCACGACGGAGCGUUGUUGCUCAUAGAUGAUGGUGUGGGCCACGGUCACGAGGCUCUGCGGAUUGCUAAACAGCUAAUCGACAUCAACAAUAAAAUUCAAGUCUACGUGAUUUCGAAUCGAAAAUACGAGACCGAGUCUUGUGUUGUCGUUCCUGAAGUUAAACCUGCUCACAUCACUCAAGAAUCCUUACAAGCUAUCCUCAAAUUGAAAAUCAACUAUCAGGGCAAAUUGGUGGACAUGCAUUCCCUCGUUGGGGCCGAAGCAGCUCUCUUAACUGCUUUAGAAAGUACGGCUGUGGAAUCCCUCGUUACGUAUAAUGCUAGUCAUUUGGAAUAUUUCACAAAAGUGGGGAACGAAUUAGACCCUCGGCCGAGGAGCUACAAAGAACGCGAUUUGCAAAGUAGUGAGGGAACUUUUUCUGAGUCAGAAGUUGUUGAUUCCGUAUUCCGCGAGCGACAUGUUAUUGUUUCUGCCCCUGCCGGGGCAGGCAAGUCCGCUCUACUGAACAGUGUCGGCUUAGUCAUAAAGGAACUCAAGUCAGACUUCUGGGUUCUGAAAUGUGAUCUCGAAAAGGCACGAUGGGUGUUUACCACAGAUUCUGCAACCGCACCAUUUGAAAGUGACAAGUUUGUUUCCUGUCUUGAGCUCUUAAAAAUACUGGCGAAUUUUGAAGAGCUAUCUCCAUUUGAAGCAAACCUGUUUGAGCUGGCUACACAUGGUAAAAUGGCGAUUCUUUUCGACAGCUUUGAAGCAAUAAACUCAUCUUACUGGGAUAUUUUUUUUUAUUUUGUCAAAGGUUUACUUCAUUUUGAAAACGUCAUCUUGAUUGCGUCACGAACAAGCCCAGAGCAGCAUUUGCGUAAAGUUGAUUUUGUCGGUUUCCAAUCUUAUUCUCUCUGCAGCCUGCGACCUUCGGAGCAAAAGGAACUACUGGCUCGACUACUUGACGUGAACGAGAGUUCCUACCGCGAAUGCUAUGAACACGCAACCAGAAUUCUGGAAAGCCCACUAAAGGAAGACCCACUAGAGCCAUUUUAUGGCAAUCCUCAGCAUUUAACAAUGGUGGCAGAUCUUUUUCUUGAGCACAAAGAUGAAAUCCAUAAAAUGAACAGGCAGCAAAUUUACCAGAGUUUUAUGGAUCAAAUGUUCCAGAAAUACUGGAAAGUUUUAGGAAUAUCAAGUAGCAAAAGUGAGAGAAUAACUCAGAUUAAAGAUACAGAGCGGAUUGAAGUGGAAAAUCUUCAUCAGCUUCUUGCAAUAAGGGCCCUGAUCCUCCCCGGAUCAAUUAAUGAGUACGAGUUUGUAGAAGAGUUGGAUACCGCAAAGAGAGUCCAGGCCAAGGAAUUCGGACUCGUUACCGAGUGUGAAGAAGGCACGCACAUUUUCUUGCACCGAACCUAUGCAGAAUAUUAUUUCAGUCUUUAUUUGAAGAAUCAAAUGGCUAAUGGAAAACUCACACACCAUGACAUAUCGAUUGUUUUAAAGGCAGAAGAUUUUGCACUUGUUCGCUAUUUCUUGGAUAGAAAGUUAGAAGGCAGCAAGCCAGCACUGGGUGGCGCUACAUCAUGGCCGCUAAAGAGUCAAAUCAAAGUCACGUGGCCGGAUGCUAAAACUGAAAAUACUAAACUUGUCGAGCUGAUUUCGAGUUUAAACCAGGACGUUCCAUUUAGUGUCUAUUUCCUGCCCCACAGAAAUUUUCUUGACACAGCUUUACUUGAAAACUUACCUGAAUUAUCUGCGCACCUGUGGGCCCACAGACACCUGAUACCCGAGGCUGAGAUCAUUGAUGUAUUCUUUGCCGCCGUAUUGACUAAAAAUUGUUCCAUGAUAAAAAUGACACUGCAUGAAUUAGCCAAAAAUAACUUUGACGCCAAUCUGAAAGUCACUUCAAGGCAACUCACAGCACUCCAUUUAGCCUGUGCAACGGCUUGGCAGCCAUGCGCCAACAUCGACAAGAUGACCGAUGCAGUUCGCCUGCUCGUUUCAAAAGGGGCUGACGUGAAUGCACGAUCCGUCGAUGGUGAAAGACCUCUUCAUUUCGCUGGGAGAAGUGGCAACCCAUCAGUGGUGAAGUUACUUCUGGAAAGGAGAGCCAAAGUUGACGCAAAAACGAACAGCGGAAUGACAGCACUACACUACGCAGCUAGUGACGGCAAGGAAGAGAUAAUUGCCCUUCUCCAAUCACACGGCUGCAAUAUGCUGGCAAAGACAGCAGAAGCGGAGACGGCACUGCAUUUGUCCGUCAAAUCCAACCAUGAAGGUGCUGCAAAACUGUUGCUAUCGUUUCAGUGUGAAAUCGAUGCUACAGAUAGCAGCAAAAUGACGGCACUUCUUUACGCAAUUAAAGCGAAAAAUAUAACCAUGGUGAACCUUCUCCUAUCUUCAGGAAGUAACGUGCUCCAAAAGUCACAUUCUGAUAAGUUACCGUAUCAAGAAACUGAUGACAACAAAUUACAUGCGAUUUUGUUUAAGGCUACCCUACAAGCCUUCCUGAACCCACAGAAGCAUUUGACGCCACCUGGCAAAGAAAUCGAAGCAAAGCCGGAUCAGAUAACACGUCUACAUUUAGCAGCACUUUCAGGAGACGAGCCUACUUGUAAACGUCUCCUCGAAACAGGUGCAGACGUCAAUGAGGGCAGCCUUAAAGGGAACAGGCCAUUGCAUUUUGCAGCUCUUGCGGGACACAAAAGCAUAACAAAUCUACUCCUGAAAAACAAGGGUGAUAUUAACAUGCAAAAUGAGGACGUGGCGCCACUUCAUCUUGCAUCUCAGAUUGGCCAUGCAAACGUAGUACAAUUGCUGCUCGACUACAAAUGUGACAUGAACAUGCUAGACAAGAACGACCAGACACCUCUUCACUUUGCAUCUCUAAAUGGCCAUGCAGCAGUAGUGCAACUGCUGCUCAACUACAAAUGUGAGGUUGACGUGCGAAAUACAGAGAAACUGGCACCACUCCACUUAGCAUCACUACGUGGCCAUGCCAAGGUAGUGAAACUGCUACUUGACUGCAAAUGUGACAAUAACGUCCGAGGUAAGGACAGAAAGACGCCACUUCACUUUGCAUCUCAGAAGGGCCAUGCCAAUGUAGUAAAGCUGCUGAUCGACUACAAAUGUGACGUUGAAGUUCGACAAGGCGGAGCGACGCCACUUCACGUAGCAUCAUUCUAUGGCCACGAAGACGUAGUUAAACUGCUGCUGGCAAACAAAUGUGAGGUUAACGUGCUGCAGGAGGACGGCAUGACACCACUUUACCUUGCCUCGGAAAACGACCAUGCUGAAGUGGUAAAGGUGCUGCUCGAAUACAAUUGUGACAUGAACCUGCGACAGAAGGACGAAUCGACGCCACUUCACGUUGCAUCUCAAAAUGGGCAUGCUGAAGCAGUAAAGCUUCUGCUCGGCCACAAUUGUGACAUUAACGUGAAAGACAAAGACGCAUGGACGCCACUUCAUUUAGCAUCACUCAAUGGCCACGGAGACGUAGUUAAACUGCUGCUCGCAAGCAAAUGUGACGUUAACGCGCAAGGCAAGGAUGGCAUGACGCCACUUCACCUUGCAUCUCAAAAUGGCCAUGCUGAAAAGGUAAAGCUCCUGCUCGACCACAAUUGUGACAUUAAGGUGAAAGACAAAGACGGAUGGACGCCACUUCACUUGGCAUCACUCAAUGGCCACGGAGACGUAGUUAAACUGCUGCUCGCGAGCAAAUGUGACGUUAACGUGAUAACUAAGGAUAACAGGACGCCACUUCACCAUGCAUCCCACAAUGGCCAUGCUGAAGUAGUGAAGCUGCUGCUCGACGACAAAUGUGCCAAAAACGUGCACGACAACAACGGAUGGACGCCACUUCACUUCGCAUCAAACUUUGGCCACGAAGCCAUUGUUAAACUGCUGCUCGCAAACAAAGGUGAUAUUGACGCACGAGAUUAUGAUGGAGCGACGCCACUCUUCAUUGCAUCUCUGGAAGGACAUGCAAACGUUGUAAAACUGCUGCUCGACUGCAAAUGCAACUUUGAGGUGCCAGACAAAAACAAAAGAACGCCACUUCACGCCGCUUCUCAAAAUGGCCAUGCUGACGUGGUUAAGCUGCUGCUUCUCUUCAAAUGUGACAAAAACGUCCAAGAUGUGGACGGUGUGACGCCACUUCACUUCGCAUCAAACUUUGGCCACGAAGCCAUUGUUAAACUGCUGCUCGCAAACAAAGGUGAUAUUGACGCACGAGAUUAUGAUGGAGCGACGCCACUCUUCAUUGCAUCUCUGGAAGGACAUGCAAACGUUGUAAAACUGCUGCUCGACUGCAUAUGCAACUUUGAGGAGCCAGACAAGAACAAAAGAACGCCACUUCACGCCGCUUCUCAAAAUGGCCAUGCUGAAGUAGUGAAGCUGCUGCUUCUCUUCAAAUGUGACAAAAACGUCCAAGAUGUGAACGGUGUGACGCCUCUUCACUUGGCAUCUCAAAAUGGUCAUGCAGACGUAGUCCAACUGCUGCUCAACAGCAAAUGUGACGUUAACGUACGCAAUAAGAAUAAAGUUACGGCACUUCACGCAGCUUCACUGUUAGGCCAUGCAAACUUAGUAAAACUGCUACUCGAACACAAAUGCAACAUUAACGCGCUAGACGAGGAUAGCAGGACGCCACUUCACAUUGCAUCUCUAAAGGGCCAUGCUGAAGUAGUAAAGCUGCUGCUCGACUACAAUUGUCUUUUUAACGUGCAAGACAGAGACGGAGCGACGCCACUUCACAUAGCAUCAUUCUUCGGCCACGAAAACGUAGUUAAACUGCUGCUCGCGAACAAAUGUGACAUUAACGUGCAUGAUGCGCGCCGACUGCUGCCACUUCACUUAGCAUCUCUUAAAGGCCAUGAAAGCGUUGUUAAACUGCUCUGACGAAGCUGUAAAUAACUGUUUGCCUGUCAGGGGCAGAACUCCCAAAAGGCUAUUUUCUGACUAAUCUCAAAGAUCUGGAGGAAUCGAUUUUUUUUUGUGGAAGUUGAUAGGCACAGCUUAGAACUGUUCGUCAACUAUUUAGAAUCUUUUUUUUUCAACCCGUAGAAAUUUAAGGGAGUAUUCGCGUCUCUGUGUCCCUUUAAGAGGUUAUUUUAUCCCCUUUUUACGACGACUUUUUAAAAACUUUGUGAGACAAACGGUGGAAAGCAAAUGAAAAACAAAAAAGAAUUUAUAGAACAUUUUAAAAACAACAGUGUUUUAUUUUGUCUUUUAUUCUAAGGAAGUUAUGGGGGUGCGCACAGUAAGUGUCUUACGGUGAAAAGCUGCACCAACAUAUUAUGGUGGAGAUUUUCUCCAAAAUACCAACGAAAUUCGUCAAAAUAUCUGUAAGGUACAGUGAAUUCUCAAUGGUAUGUUACGAAGUCAGCUGCAUCACCAUAAUAUGGAACAUCUUCACCAUAGUAUGGAGAAUCUUCACUGUAGAACAUUUAGAGUGCGACAAUAACCAGCCAAACUUACAAAAUUUGACGGCGCGUAACUUUCCGUCGGAAGUUCUUAACUUUUUGGGAAUCGGUUUGCGGCAUCUUGAACAUUUAAAAAUUCUCUUUUCUACGCCCUACAAUCAUCAAUGUAGCCCAAGGAAAACCUUCAUAAAAGCCUUACUGAAGUUUGUAAAUAUGUUUGGUUUUGUUUUCGGAAAUGUCAAAUAGCCAUCUUAUAAGCUGACUUCCGCAGUUCUCUCUCCCAGUGCAGAGGGAAAGAUAACUCAAAAGCCGUUGCAUCAAGCAUCUUACAAUGGAGGGAUAUACUCAGUAAAGAUAGUAGUUUAUUAAUAGGGCUAAAGCGUGCAGCUAAUGCAGUUGAUGUUAAUUUAUGAGUUAAAUGAAAAAUUUGACCUCUCUUUUCCCCCUGAUUUCAAACUUUUUAGUCUCUACUCUUUACGCAAAUUUUGGAAAACUUAAAAUUCUUUUCCAUUUUUAAACUGUAAAAACAGCACUACGUACACCAAACCUCUAAAGCAAAGACAUUGCGUGCACUUUGUGACAAAAUCUACACCAUCCCUCGGCACUGUUGUAAAACAAAAGUCCGCCCACUCUCCAAAA